GUGAGUUGAUCAAGAUCUUUAGCGUCGGAUUUUUCCGUUUCUUUCUUCAAUGCUUCAAGACUGUCUGAAUUUGUAAAACUGUGCAAUGUUCGCUUUAGUUAAGUGUACCGACGGCAGGUAUUGUGUUUGCAAUCAUUCUAACGUGAUAAAAAGAAACAAUGGAAAUUGUUAUCUGACGGAUGAAACACAUGAGAAGGAUGCAGUACAUUUAGUGGCAGUAAACGAUAACCAAUCGAUCGUAGAUGAAAUUGCUGCCAAUUUAAACAUGGGAGUACCACGUGCAUUAUUGGUUGACAGGCCUUUGUCAAACACUAUAAUGACGAAGUCGACGAUCCAAAAUUUGCAACGAAGUCAAGUGGGAAAUAGUUCAUGUGAAAAUGAAUGGCAUAUUCCUGUUACUUAAACUGGUAAAAUGAUAUUAACUCUUCGGAAACAUGUAUUCACUUGUGCAUUGAUCGCUUACCUUCAGUGCUUAAUUGAAAACUCUGGUUUACACAUAUUAUUCUAUCCUUUUUUUUCAUCUGUUUUCGCAUCCAAGAAAUCCUCUUUUUUGUGUGCCUCAACUGUUUCAUCCUGUCAACAUGUUUAAGUUUUCAAUUUAUUGUUCAAAUGCAUUGCUGCUGAGAAGAGAAUGGACGUU